GAGGCUCUGGGAACGUAUUGCCCGUGGAACGAGGACGGUCAGUGCGGGGACAGCGUUCCAACCGAAUCGCGUUGUCCAAUUCGCGGACACGAUUCUUCUUCGUCUCGUUUUGCUAGGGGAAAGAGGAGUUGGAGCGUUCUUUUUUUCUUUUUUUUCUCCUUUGGACGGGCGGCCCAUCGUGCAACGGAACGCAUGAGAGUCGCAUCGCGGCGGCGCUCGAGGGAUGCAAGGCAUUCGAGAUCUUUUCCUCGUCUUUGCGUACCUCCAGUUCCUCGCCAUCUGCGUAUCUGAAAACGCGAUCGACGCUUCAACCACGCUGUCCAGGCGCAAGAGGUACUUGAUUUUUCCGGAAGGGAGUAACAUGCAGUUAGUGUAUUGCCUGACGGUGGGAACCUACGCGAAGGAGAACGAUGUAAUAAUGGGGAUAACGGCAGCCCUGGCCUGGGAGUUGCCGAGCAAAGUCGACUCGAAGAUAUCGAAGUUGCUCGAUCGAAAGAGCAGAAGCGUCAUGUACCCGAAAAUAGAGGCUCUGCUGGAAUCCACGGGUCUGGAUGGAAGAGCUUGCGUGAUGAAGGCUCUGUGCGAGGCUGCCCAGAGGAGUCCACAGGAUGUUGGAAAAGGGAGCCUGGUCCAGGAGUUGCUGCACGCCAUCUUCACGUUGCCAGGGGACGGUGGCCGUUUCGAGCGAGCCGAGGAUCAAGCUUACGAGCGCGCUUACACGAGCGGAGAGGAUUGCAACCGGCUGUACCCGACCUGCCGCCACUCCAUUUACGAGCUCGAGUUCUGAGGCUCGGUCAUCCCUCCCAUAGCAAUUGGACGCUAUUCGUAUGCGUGCGCGAACGUUGACCGCGUUUCCACGCGACGGAAACGUGCGCCACCCUCCUCUCCACCUCGCCCCCUCGAUUUUUCAAACCGAGCCAUCCGUCGCCUAAUCCCCUUCUCCUCCUCCAAUGCUUCGGUCGAAUCGCUGCCAAAGUUGAGCGCGUCUUCGUUUCGUGUUUCGAAUUUUUCCAACUCCUC